AUAUAAAACAAUUAUUUAUAUAAAAUAAUAAAUAUGUGUUCAUAUGGUGUUUUUAAUGUAUUGUAUGUUUGAAUUAUAAAAAGUUAUGGUGUUUUUCGGAAAUACGAGUUGAAACAUAUACGUGGAAAUAUAAAAGUCAUUAAAAUUUAGUAGAAGAGGAAGAAUAACGUAAUGUCAAAGUAAAUAGUAAUAUAUUAUUAAAAAAUGGGUAAUAAUUAUUCAAAUAUACCCGAUAUCGAUAUAAAUGAAAAAGCUGUAGAAGUAUGUGAUUAUUGGACGCAACAUUCAGCUGUAAUAUUCGAUCAAGAGUUAUACUUAACAGUAUUUAUAAGUGAGGUUAUGGGAAAUGGUGCCCCACUUGAAGCUAACGCGAAGCAUUUAAUGAUCUACCGCCACCCGUGCAUCGUUAAAUACAUAACUUCAUGGCAGUUGAAUUCGAAAUUUCAUCUCGCCGUCGAAGAAGUAACCCCGUUGUCUCGUGUACUUUCGAAAUUAGAUUUUUUACAAAUAUCGAUCGGGUUACAUUCGAUUUUGAAAGCUUUGGAUUUCUUACAUUCGAAUGGGGUUUCGCAUAAUAAUGUUCGUAUGUCUUCUAUUUACGUAACGAAAGAAGGCGAUUGGAAAUUGGGGGGCAUGGAAUAUCUCUGUAAUUAUACAGAUCUAAAUUGUGAUUAUUUGAAUAAAAUAAAAAAUAAUAGGGAAUAUUCAGAUCCGGUUGGAGAUUUACGUAGGAAAGAUUGUGUGGAUUUGUAUGCUUUCGGAUCAUUAGCUAUUGAUGUUUUGAAAUCGAUUACGGACGAUGUUGUAUUGAUUUUUAUGGAUUUCUGUAAAUCAAAUCUAAUGAAUGCGGACGUUACGAAAAGACCGACUUUUAAAACGAUAUUAGAAGAGGAUUUUUUCAAUCACAGAUUCAUCGAGAUUCAUUCUUUCCUUGUGGAAUUGCCUUUAAAAAGCGAUACGGAGAAAACGGGGUUUUUUCAAGAUUUAGCAGAGAAAUUGUUUGAUUUCGAAGAGGAAGUUGUGGCGUCGAGGUUAAGUGGAUUGUUGUUAUCCAGAAUGGUGUUUUUGGAUAAGACUGCUCAAGUUACUUUGCUGCCGCUUCUGCUCUCUCCUCGGACCGACUCGGAAGACAAAAACCCCCACCUAUUUUCAACUGAAACGUUCAAGAAACAUCUCUGUCACAAAUUGAUAGAAAUAUUCAAAGUUAGAGAUCGCGAGAUCCGCUCGUAUCUAUUAUCAUUCUUUCCGAAGUACAUGGGCACGUUCACCAAGGAAGAUCUCCAAAAGAAAAUCCUACCAGAGCUCCUGGUCGGUAUCAAAGACACCGACGAUCAUCUAGUAUCUCUAACCCUUAAAACACUCGCCAUCUUGGUACCGAUUUUGGGUUCGGCUACGGUGAUAGGCGGUAAAAGAGCGAAAUUUUUCACCGACGGUAGACCCGCCCGGGAAUAUACGAAAAAUCGCGAACUCACCGUCGACGUUUCGAAUCACCGCGUCGUCCCGUUACCGGAAAGACCGAGACCGGACGGCGAAGAAGGCGAAACGUCGACCGAAGAUUCCGAUAAUAAUUGGGAGGAUUGGGAUAACGAAGAAAAUCGAAUUAUCGAUAAGAACGAAUCGAUAUCAGAUAAAUCGAUAGCUGAUAAAUCGAUACCGGAUAUAUCGCGAUUGGAUAUAAAGAAUCGAUCGUUCGAAGAGGAAAAAAUCGAGGAGAUUAAUUUUUUCGAAGACAUGGAACCUAUAAUCGAUAAUUCGAAUACUUUCCUUGUCGAUAAAGAAGAAAUCAGUAAAAAACUCGAUGUUAUCGAUACGGAAAUGAACGCGGAUUGGGACGAAGAAGAUUGGAAUUGAAUUAUCGAUUGUCCCUCGUAUACUAUCGGUUAUGAAUGGAGACGAUGUUUUUUUCUUUUGGUGUAUUGGAAAUUUUUUCACGCCCCGUAUAUUACGAGGAAUUUGUUUAUUGUUUUUAUCGUUGUAAAUAUAUCGAUUAUUAAAUUAGAAAAAUUUUCUUUUC